UCCCAAUACCCGCACUACGCCCUAAGGUCUUCCUCGAAGUGGACACUUGUUGAAAGUGCACUUAGGGGAGUAAGUGCACAAGGGCUCGAAGCUGUGAAGAGCAGAAUUGGGACAGUUUUGCACACGUCACUAUAUACGUCACCUCUACAUCACUUCUGUUUACAGGAGAGCAAACAUGGCGCUGGUCGCAGUUGCGGUAUUCGCAGUACUCCUGCUAAAAUUGAUUAGAACUCACCACCAGUUUAUUACAAGAAGAAUUAGGAUCCGCAGGAGAAGAAGGCUCCUACACCGGAUCCAAACAUGUAUGCUGAUGCCCGACCAACAGUUUGGCAGACUGAUCAGGUAUGCCAGGCUGAAUCAUACCAUGCCUGUCCUUCUGGUGUAUUUUGAUGUUGAGAGAGACCUUCGACCCGACUACCGCCUUUCAAGAAAAUCAAUGGAUGGCUUGAUGGAUGUUCUGCACAGGCACCAGGACCAUGGCUGGGGAUCUUAUUUGGAAGUCCUAAUAUUUGUGUAUUGGCUUGCACAUGGACUGUCUUACAGAGUCACUGCCCGGGCGUUCUCUGUGCCAAAAUCCACUGUAUGCCGUGUGGUGCACAGAAUUGCUCACAAAAUUAUGGACAUUGCAGGUAAAGUGAUUUGCUAUCCACAUCAUGAUGAACUUGAAGAAGUCGGCCUGCGAUUUGGACGCCUUGCUCGGCAUACAGCAUUUGACAAGGCUGUAGGGGCAAUAGAUGGAUGCCAUAUUCGUAUUAAGCCUCCAAAUCAUAACAAACAGGACUAUUUUAAUUACAAACAAUUCUAUUCUAUCCAAAUGCAAGCCAUCUGUGACUCUCAGGGACGUUUCAUCAACAUCUUUGUUGGUUUUCCUGGCUCUGUACAUGAUACACGUGUUCUAAAAAACAGCCCACUUUAUGUCAAUUCUGAGUACCCCCCACCUGGCUUUUUUCUUCUUGGUGAUGGAGGAUAUCCCUGCAUACAGUCCCCCAUAACCAUCAUCACACCCUACAAACUGCCACUUCAAGGAAGGGUCGAGGAACGCUUCAAUCAAAGCCAUGCACGUGCACGUUCAAUUAUCGAACGAGCCUUUGGUAUGAUGAAGGCACGCUGGAGGGCAACACUCUUCAAAGCCUUAGAAGUAAAGGUUGGCUUCUGCACAGAGGUGGUAACUGCCUGUGCCUUCUUACACAAUGUCUGCCUUACCCAUGGUGAUGUCCUGGAACCAGAGCCAGCUUAUGAUGCCUUACCACAACCACCAAUACCAGAUUCUGGACAGGAGACAAGUGGCAACCAGCUCCGGGCGAGACUCGCGGCACAUGUAUCUGCACCCCUUAAUGUUCAAGGGCACCUUUUGGAACAUGACUACACAAUUUAAUUAAAAGUACCUCAUACUCCAACACACACAUUUUUGUCAGGAGUGUAGAACGUUAACAACUUAAUUAUUCCAUUGCUCUGACAUUGCACAUCAACGUGUACCUACCUAUUUUGCUUGAAAUUGUUUACUUACAGUUCUGUGUAUAUAUUUUGUAAAAUGAAAAAUGUUGUCAAUUACCUAGCAUCUGUAAAUAUCAAAUGUAUCUGUCCUGAAUAUGUUAAUACAUCUAUGGUUAUAAGCCUACACUUGUACCUGGCGGUAUUGUUCUGCAUUGUCAGCUCAUUUAUUUUGUUAUAAACUUGUCUUCAAGUACUUUGUUUCAGUAAAAAAAGUCAUUUUUCUAAA